GAUAGCUCGGUAAAAUGGCUGUGUCUCGCGGAGCCUCGUGCUGGUCUGGUUGAUUUCUAGCUCGCGCCCUUGUUCUGUAACAGAACCCCCCCUUACCCCCACCAACACGCACACACACACAUACAUACACGUACACACACUGACUGGUGUUGGUGAAAUUUAUUUUUCUGGCUCCGUGUUUACACAUCUUUUAGCCAGACUUUACCCCUCUCUCUUUUAACUUCAAACGGAGUCGCGGUGGAUUAUUGGACACCGGUGCGGCCGGAGGAAAAGGGGAGGAAUGAACCGGGACAGCGGGUAUGUCGUUACAAAUGUAAUUGUAUUAAUAUUCAAUGGUUAUUCGGAGUUUGAGUGCGAGUAAGCCGCCGUGUUGAGAGAGGUACAGAAAGAGUGGAGAGAGACAGAGGGAUAUCAUGGCCGCUCAGGUCGCCACUCUCAACACUAGCCCGCCACCCGAACUCAAAAAGCCGGAUCGGGACAUUCAAGAGGAGUCGGUACCGGGAGAGAAGCAACAUGAAAAUAAGGAAACGGGACAUGACGUGGGAUCUCCGGGCCUGAAGGAGCUGCAGGACGGGAGCGAUGCUGGGAACGCCGGGGGAGGAGGGGAUCCUGACAUGAAGAACAGCAACGGGAAUCUGCCCAGGGUAAAUAACAACAGCAGCAAUCAGAAUGAUACAGGCGGACCCGAAGGGAACAACCUUCCCGGAAUGGGCCACCACCAGGGCCCCUUUCCUCCACCUCCAUACGGCUACAAUCAGCCCUAUAGCCGGGGCUCUUUUCCUCAACAUGGCGGACAACAAAGCCCUGGCAUGGCAGCUGCAUCGGGGCCAGGCAUGAUGGACCCUUACCCCCCCAAUUCACACGAACACGGCUAUCACAAUAACUACAACAACUACACCCCCUUCCAGAACAGGACUUCUUACCAGGGCCAAGGAUACGGGCCCAUGAAUUCCCCGCGUAACAGCCAGCCUCCGGCGGCUGGGGGGCAGCCAGGCAAGCAGCAGCCAGGAGGAGGAACCACCGCUAUGGCUGCCUCUUACAAUAAUCACAGGUAUAACAUGGGAAAUCAACAGCCUACGUCUACACCAACUUUAAAUCAGCUUUUGACAUCUCCCAGCUCUACUAAGAGUUACCCGAACUACCCCCAAGGAGACUAUAACAAUCAGGAAGGGGCCAACAAGGGACCAGGGGACAUGGGCAGCAGUCAGUAUGGUGGGGUUCACCCGAGUUGGCAACAAAGGACCCACCAUCCACCUCCCAUGAGCCCGGGAAACACCGGACAACCACCCAGCAGGAAUCAGACUCCAAACCCCAUGGAUCAGGUAGGGAAGAUGCGUAGCCAGCCAUAUGGAGGACCCAACCCUUAUUCCCAGCAUCAGCAUGGGCCUCCAUCUGGUCCUGGUCCCCAACAAGGAAGUUCUUACCCUGGACAAGGCUUUGGGCCUCCAGGCCCCCAGAGAUACCCAAUGGGGAUGCAGAGCCGCACACCAGGCUCUAUGAGUGGCAUGCAGUACGGACAGCAGAUGUCCACUUAUGGACAGCAAGGUCCAGGAGGCUACUGCCAGCAGAAUCCGAGCUACUACAGUCAGCAUGGCCCACCGCAACCUCCAUAUCCUGGUCAGUCCCAAGGCAGCUCUGGCCCUCCCUACUCCCAGCAGAGUCAUCCAUCUCAACCUCCUGGCCAACAUGGCCAGCCUGGGGCUGCUUAUCAACAGUCUCAAGGGCCACACAGUUCUGCUCCAGGCCAGCCUCCUUACAACCAGUCCUCACAAUCUCAGCCAGGACAGACACCUUAUGUCCCUACCCAGCAGCAGCAGCCUCAACAACAGCAACAGCAGGGCCCUGCUCCCCAAAGUGAGCCGGGCUCUCAGGGCCAAGCUGGAUACCCACAGCCACCUGGAGCAGGUCAGCCACCUCAACAGCAAACUCCACAGCAGCAGCGAGGACCCCUGAACCAACAGCAGCAGAAUCAAGCAGGAGGUCCACCUCCUCCAGCCCAGCAACCCACAGGUCAUGGACAGCAAAGUCAAUCACCUUACUCCCAGACACCCCCUCUGCAACAGCAGCAACCACCACAGCAGCAGCAGUCACCAUAUCAGAGGUUCCCGCCUCCUCCACAGGAACUCUCCCAGGAUUCCUUCAGCUCUCAGUCCAGUGCUCCUUCAAACCAAACCAGCAAGAGCGGUCAGGAAGACAGCAUGCAGGCUCGACCAUCCAGUCUGCCGGAUCUCUCGGGCUCCAUCGAUGACCUGCCCACUGGCACAGAAGCCGCCUUGAGUCCGGGCAUCAGCACCUCCGGGGUGUCCAGCAGCCAGGGCGAGCAGAGCAACCCAGCCCAGUCCCCCUUCUCCCCACACACCCCGCCACAUCUGCCAGGCAUACGCGGGCCCUCGCCUUCACCCGUGGGUUCCCCUGCUAGCGUCACCCCAUCUCGCACUGGCCCACUGUCCCCCGCUGCUGUGCCAGGUAGUCAGAUGCCACCCCGGCCGCCCAGCGUCCAUUCAGACGGCAUCAUGCAUUCUUCUAUGAACCAGGACAGGGUGUACAUGAGAAACCCUCAGAUGCCUCCAUACGGGUCCCCUGGACAGCCUGGCUCUGCUUUAUCUCCACGCCAGCCUUCGGGAGGCCAGAUGCAUGGUGGGAUGGGAUCUUAUCCCCAGAACAACACCAUGGGAAACUACGGUCCUCAGGGGGGCCAGUAUGGCCCACAAGGUUAUUCCAGGCAGCCUGGUUACACGGGGAUGCCCAACGCCAACUAUUCCAGUGGUCCAGGGAUGGGUGGCUCUAUGAACCCCAUGUCAGGUCAGGGAGGCGGCGCUCCGUAUGGAAACAUGCCUCCUGGGAGGAUAGGUCCUGGACAGAUGGGCGCACGGCCCUACGGUCCUGGCAUGGGCUCCAACAUGGCUGGCAUGCCUCCCCAGGUGGGGUCCGGGAUGUGUCCCCCUCCAGGCAUGAACAGGAAGGAGGGUGGCCCCCCCAUGCAUCACGGUCCCACUAACUCUAUACACAACAGACCGCCGGGCUACCCAAGCAUGCCCCAGGGCAUGAUGGGAGCAGGCUCUCCAUACGGCCCAGGCAUGAAUAGCAUGCACGGUGUGAUGAAUCAGGGAGGGCCAGGGUCUUAUCCAAUGGGUGGAAACAUGACCAACAGCUCCCCAGGAAUGACUCCUAGCUCUGAGUUUGGUAUGGACAAAAUGAACCCCACCCAAAAGAUCAACAACAAAGUCGAGGGGACUCCAAAGCCUGAAUCCAAAAAGAAGUCGAGUUCUUCCACUAUCACUAAUGAAAAGAUCACUCGGCUGUAUGAGCUCGGUCCUGAGCCUGAGAGGAAGAUGUGGGUGGACCGGUACCUGGCUUUUGCCGAGGAAAAGGCCAUGGGCAUGAACAAUCUUCCUGCUGUCGGCCGUAAGCCUCUCGAUCUCUUCAGACUCUAUGUGUCCGUCAAAGAGAUUGGUGGUCUCACCCAGGUGAACAAAAACAAAAAGUGGAGGGAGCUGGCCACUAACCUGAAUGUGGGCACGUCGAGCAGCGCGGCGAGCUCGCUAAAGAAACAGUACAUCCAGUGUUUGUAUGCCUUCGAGUGCAAGAUCGAACGUGGUGAAGACCCACCUCCGGACUUUUUCAACACGGAUACAAAAAAGAACCAAACGAAGAUCCAGCCUCCGAGCCCAGCUGGUUCAGGGUCCCUCCAAGGACCCCAAACCCCACAGUCCACUACUAGCUCAAUGGCAGAAGGGGGAGACCUGAAACCCCCCACCCCAGCGUCCACUCCCCACUCACAAAUGCCUCCAAUGCCCGGCGUCAGAAGUAGUGUUAAUCUUCAAGACCCCUUUGCUGAUGGCGGAGACCCAGUAUUUUCCAGGAGGAAUGCCAUGACUCCCAACUCUCAGGGCUACCAGCCUGGGAUGAGUGGUCCAGAGAUUAUGGGCCGAAUGGGUCCUUACGAGUCAAAUAAGGACCCCUUUGGAGGCAUGAGGAAAGCUGGAGAACAGUUCAUGCCACCUGGCCCCAACAGCGGAAUGGGUGAGCAGUACAACAGAGGACCACCUGGGCCGAUGGGCAACAUUCCCAUGGGCCAGAGGCAACAGUACCCGUAUGGAUUUGAUCGAAGACAAGAACAAGGCAUGGGCCCUGAUGGCAACAUGGGGCCUGGAGCACCUCAGCCCAACAUGAUGCCUUCUGGUGCAGAUGCAGGGAUGUAUUCACCCAGCCGUCCUCCACCACAGCAGCGGCAUGAGGCCUAUACAAAUCAAUAUCCUGGUCAAGGAGCGCCCCCUGGUGGCCCAUACCCAAAUCAACAGCCAGGAAUGUUCCAACAGCAGCAGCCGAACUAUAAACGUCCGGUAGAUGGAGGGUAUGGACCUCCAGCCAAGCGUCAUGAGGGAGAGAUGUACAACGUUCCUUACAGUGGUCAGCAACAGCCUGGACCCCAGCCCUCUGGGCACCAGGGCCAGCAGGACAUGUAUAACCAGUAUAAUCCAUAUCCAGGUGGAGAUCGCAGACCACCUGGCCCACAGAGCCAGUUUCCCUUCCCAUUUGGACGGGACAGAGGACCAUCAUCUGCAGGUCCAAACUCCCAAUCCCACAUGCCUCCCCAGAUAAUGGGAAGCCCAAUGCCUUCAGGUCCUGAUGGACCCCAAGGCCCGGUGUGGCAGGGUCGAAAUGAGAUGGGCUAUCUCAACUAUUCCAACAGACAGGGACCACCUGUACCAGGCCAGGGACCUGGGUACCACAGCAUGAACCGUUCAGACGAGAUGAUACCAUCAGACCAACGCAUGAACCAUGAGGGACAGUGGCCUGGUCACGUUAACCAGCGGCAGCCACCGUUUGGCCCUGCAGGCUCUGGACCACCAAUGACAAGACCCCUUCCUUCCACCUACCAAACUUCCCAGAACCACAUUCCUCAGGUGUCAAGCCCAGCGCCUAUGCCCAGGCCAGUGGAGAGCAGGACGUCACCCAGCAAGUCUCCCUACAUGCAUCCGGGCAUCAAGGUGCAGAAAGCAGGUCCUCCAGUGCCCGCCUCGCAUAUUGGUCAGGCACCUGUGCAACAACCCUUGAUUCGACGAGAUGUGGCCUUUCCUCCUGGCUCUGUGGAGGCUUCCCAACCGCACCUCAAACCCCGAAGACGGCUCACCAUGAAAGAAAUCGGCACUCCUGAAGCGUGGAGAGUGAUGAUGUCACUGAAGUCGGGUUUAUUAGCUGAAAGCACCUGGGCCCUGGACACCAUUAACAUUCUACUGUACGACGACAACAGCAUCUCUACGUUUAACCUAUGCCAGCUACCUGGAUUCUUGGAAAUGGUUGUGGAGUACUUCAGACGUUGCCUCAUUGAGAUCUUUGGCAUUUUAAAGGAAUACGAAGUAGGAGAUCCUGGCCAGCGUAUCCUAUUAGACCCCAAUGCAGCAGACGACUCUGACGAUGAUGUCCUCCUUCCUGAGGGCGAAGACAUGCACACAGAUGAGGAGGAUGAGGAAGAUGAGGAGACAGAGGAAACAAAAACCAGUCCUGACGCUUCCUUGCUGGUGCAUGUGAAAGAGGAGGAGGAGGAAACCUUUCUGAAAGCUAAGUCCUCAGAGGAUGAAGAAGAUGAAAAGGAGUCUUCUGCCAAGGAAGCCAGUACUUCUACCUCAGGGUCCCUUCAGGACCCCAAUGUUCACUUGGAAAAGCCUAAGCAGGCUAGCAAGUUUGAUAAGCUGCCCAUAAAGAUGGUGCGAAAGAAGAAUCCCUUCCUGGGUAACGGUUUUUCCAGACUUGGGCAGCGACAAAGCUUCAACAGUGGCCUCAUACACUGGAGCAUUGGAGGUGGUGACACUACUGACCACAUCCAGACCCACUUUGAGAGUCGGAUGGAUCUUCUUCAGCAGAGAAAAUGCAUGACAGCAGCCACCGAAGGCCACAAGAAGAACAAGGUGCCUGGUACCACAGUGGAGAAGCCUAAAAAGUCCAAGUGCUGUGAAGAGGAGAUGGCUCGGGAGCAGCAUGUUCAGAUUUCUGAACCCACCAAGGAACCAGCAGAGAAGACCCCCCCUUCUCUUCCAAUUGGUGCACCAGUCACGGCCACCAUCGAUGACGUGCUAUCUGCUCGGCCAGGGUCCGUCACAGAGGAGGUGGUCCGUGGAGGUGCUGAGGAGCAGAAGGAGAAUGGCAAGUACCUGUUCAGCAUCAACCCUGACCUACAGAGCCGCCGCAACAUCAAAAUCCUGGAAGACGAGCCACACAGCAAGGACGAAACGCCGCUCAGCACCCUGUUGGACUGGCAGGACUCGCUGGCUCGGCGCUGCAUCUGCAUCUCCAACAUCGUCCGAAGCCUCUCCUUUGUGCCUGGCAACGACUUGGAGAUGUCGAAACACCCGAGCCUCUUGUUGCUGUUGGGCCGUCUGGUGCUGCUCCACCACAGGCACCCCGAACGCAAACAGGCCCCCGUGACCUAUGAGAAGGAGGAAGAGGAGGAUGAUGGUGUGAGCUGUGGCAGGGACGAGUGGUGGUGGGACUGCCUCGAGGUGUUACGGGAGAACUGUUUGGUCACUCUGGCAAACAUCUCAGGCCAGUUGGACCUUUCCAUCUACUCUGAGAGCAUAUGCCUCCCGCUGCUGGAUGGUCUGCUCCACUGGGCUGUUUGCCCUUCAGCAGAGGCCUUGGAUCCCUUCCCUACGCUCGGGCCCCACAGCUCCCUUUCACCCCAGAGACUGGUCCUCGAGACCCUCAGCAAGCUCAGCAUCCAGGACAACAACGUUGACCUCAUUCUGGCAACACCACCAUUCAGCCGCUUGGAGAAGCUCUACGGCUCGCUCGUACGUCUCGUCGGUGAGCGGAAGAUCGCUGUCUGCCGGGAAAUGGCAGUUGUCUUGCUAGCGAACUUAGCUCAGGGUGACAGCCUGGCAGCUCGGGCUAUUGCUGUGCAGAAAGGCAGCGUGGGUAACCUGCUGGGGUUCCUAGAGGAUAGCCUAGCAGCCACGCAGUACCAACAAAGCCAAAGCUCCCUGCUCCAGAUGCAGGGUGGCCCACAGUUUGAGCCAACCAGCGUGGACAUGAUGCGACGAGCGGCCCGGGCGCUGCAUGCCUUGGCCAAGGUGGAGGAAAACCACUUGGAGUUCACUUUGUACGAGUCACGGCUACUUGAUAUCUCAGUGUCCCCACUUAUGAACCCUCUGGUGUCCCAGGUAAUCUGUGAUGUACUGUUCCUGAUUGGCCAGUCGUGACAGCCAUUCGGAGCUGUCAGCUCUGCCUCUUUCGGUUCUCCCUCAACCUCCUUUUGUGUGUGAAUACGUGAGUGUGGAUGUGUGCGAGCGAGCGAAAAUAAUAAAAACUUUUUUCUUUUUUUAAUUUAUGCAAAAUCACCUUGGACUUCACUGUUUUUCUACCCCAGCUUCUCUCGAAACGAAGGAAUAUCAUGAAGUAGCUGUGGAUUUUACCCACCUAGAGUGGGUCGGGACUGGCAGAGAGGAGCACGUGGAGCGCACAGGCUAAAGAACAGAGCGCUGCUGAGUGGGAGGGACUUGUUUUUUAAUGAAAAGUAACAAAAAUUCAAUAAAAAAAGGAAGAAAACAAACUGUAACCAAAGUUGCUGUCUCGUUUACAGUGAGUUUGGAGGAUAACACGUGCUCACUUUUCCCCUCAGAGGGGUCGGCAGGGGAAGAGGGACUGGUUGGAUGUUGGGAGGCGACGCAGACUCAUGGACUGUGACGUGGUAUCAUUGCUGUAACUCUGGAUGCUACUAUCCUCGGCCUCACAGGAACCACAACUUUUUGGCUGUGAACGGACGUCUGUGUGGGAAGGCCCGUGCAGUAGAUUGUAGGACUUUUAUUCUGUACUGUACACCUUACAAACUGUAAACAUACUGUAAUAAUACUGUUUCACACUGAGAUACGCUGUCUUGGCAGCAAACUGUAGUUUUUAAAAACAGUUUUAGUUGAUGUUGAGAGAGAUAACGGCUUUCCCCCCAAAGUAUGGUGAACCUACAACACCCCGACCUCUUCUCUUUGUCCCUUGAUUGUAUGACUUGACCAUUAUAUUAAAGUCACCUAUAGGACUGGUCCUUAACGCUAGAUGCAGUCCGAGCUGCAGUGUAAAUAAGACCUUGUACAUUACACUUCUCCUUUUGUCCACUUCUGUUGCUCUUCACCCUUUUUAAUAUUUGACAAGUUUUCCCCACAUUCGAUCACACCGACGUGGAUUACUUGAUGCCCCCCCCAUUACUUCAGCGCUUCGCCCUGCUCGGAUUUUGUGCUCUUUGGGGAAGGAGGAUGUUCAGCUGCUGUUUGAUGCCACAUCCAGCUAAAUUUCUGUUGGUCUCCGGUCUGGGUGUGGAGCGUAAAAACAAAAAUCGUGUUUAAGGUUUCAUUUGAGCUCCGUCACAAAUGAUGAACUUGACCCCCGAUGAAGAUACCGGUUUAAUUUAAAAAAGAAAAAAAAAACUUUUUUUUUCAGCAAUGCGGAUUCUGCAUAUUUGUAUUUCAGAUGAUGUAGCUAAAGACUUGAUGUAAAUUCCUUUUAUCCCAUUUUUUUGGCUUAAUGAAUAUCAUUUAUUCAGUAUGAAAUCUUUAUACUAUAUGUUCCACGUGUUAAGAAUAAAUGUACAUGAAAUCUU